AUGAUAUUAAAAUAUUUAUUACUAUUUAUUAUUGUUCAAUAUUAUAUACUAAUUAUUAAUUCAAAUAUUGAUAUUGAACAUGCUGCAUCAUUUGUUCGUCGUGAAAUAUGGAAUUGGUGGGAUUAUACUGAUGGUGUUAGUGGUCCUGCAGCAUGGGGAUUUUAUUUUCCUAUUUGUGAUGCUGGUCGAUUUCAAUCACCGAUUAAUAUUGAAAGUCGUCAUUUAAUAUUUGAUUAUCAAUUAAGACCAAUUUAUAUCAAUAAUAGUGAUAAUGUACAUGGAAUACUUCGUAAUGAUGGACGUAAUCUUUAUAUAAUUAUUCCAUAUCAUUCAAAUUCAAAUAUUCAUAUUAGUGGUGGUCCACUUCAAUAUGAAUAUCGUCCUGUAGAAAUUUAUAUACGUUUAGCACCACCAACUAUAGGAGAUGAAAUGCCACGUGGAAGUGAACAUCAAAUUGAUAAUCGAUCAUUUCAUGGAGAAAUUCAACUUGUUGCCUAUAAUACAGAUCUUUAUAAAGAUUAUGCACAAGCACAAACAUCACCGAAAGGUAUUGUUAUAGUAUCUAGUAUGUUAAUGUUGGGUGGUGAUACAUCAGCACAAUUACGUUAUGUUUUAAAUCAUGCUGAAUUACUAAAUAAUACUUAUAGACCAUCAGAUAUUGAAAUAAAUAAUCUUAAUUUAAAAGAAUUAAUGCCUUUUUCAUCAGAAUAUAUGACUUAUGAAGGUAGUUUAACAUGGCCUGGAUGUUUUGAAAGUGUAACAUGGAUUAUAUUUAAUGAAUAUCAACAAAUUUUAAGUACUUAUUUACAAACACUUUUUACAAAUACACUUCGAUUUGUUAAUAAUCGUCGAUCAUUAAUUAUUGAUACAAGUGCACAUAGAAAUGUUCGAACAAAUAUUGGUUUUCAACAAUGGUUUCGUUCUUCAACAUCAUCAACUUGUUAUCCUGUAAAUAAUAUAAUUGAAUAUCAAAUUAAUAAUGAUUUUGAAAGAACAUAA